AUGAUUAGGGAACAGAAGGCUCCCUCGGGUCAGGGUCCAAUUCUAGGUCCAGGCUAUUCGCCGUCGGAGGCACAGGGAAACCAUAACCAGAAUCACAAUUCCGCGACCAGACACGGUGUUGUGUCGGGCAGAGAAAGAGAACCAACCGUAGAUGCUUCCUCCAGCACCCACAGCCAUUCCCUCUUCUCCUUUGGCUCCGCCAACCCCAACGCCGCGGACGAGGCCUCCACAGCUUCAUUUGAGUUCUUACCUUCCCCAAGCUUCGACGACCUCCAGAGCAGCAUUGCCGGCCCCCCCAAUGAUUCAACUACACAAUUUCCAGCUGUAGGUCGCCAGAGCGCCGGAGGAAAGCGGUUCAACGAUGCAAUGAGUGAAGGGAAAAGGGCGGCGGCAGGUUUGAAUGGGCCGCGCCCAGCAAGGACGGGAUCACUCCUCCGGAGACAAAGUACAUCCACAAGGCAAAGCAGCAUGUCUGCAUCGGCAUCGGGGAUAUCUGGCGUACCAGGGGCGAUGGACCCCCCCAGCGCCCCUCUUGCAAUGCGAACUCGACGGCAAAGCCAAUAUCCGCCAAUAUCGGGCGCCGGGACUGCAAAUGCUCCACGAGCUCCACGGAAAUCCAUUGGGCCUGGCGUGAUCGAUUCCGAUUACACUAAGCCUGCCCAGCGACGACGUCCGAGUCUGGCAUCUACUCCAUCAACUACGGGCGCGGGUGAUGUUUCCGGGGUGUCGACGCGGACAAACGCCAGCGGGACUCAGAGUUAUAUGGAUGGGGCUCGAGGAUUGACUGCUUCCCGCGCAGCAAAAACAAAGUCCCUCCAGCCGCCCUCAAGACAGAGUCAAGUGCGACUGUCCGUCGCUGUGGGUACGCCAGAGCACGGGAGAUCCCCAUCUUUUGCCGCCAGGUCUCCCGGCCGAGCAAAUGGGAGAGGCACAAGUACCCCAUCAUCGUCAAAGCGAAUAUCCGUGAUGCCUGGGAUGCCUCCUUCAUCGUCCCAUGCAACAGGCCUGGGUGCGAGGACGGUUAGCCCUACUGAUGCCCGUCGAGCAAAGCGAUUGUCCAUUCUGCAGAACGCCCCCCCGAUGCCGAAUACUCCUCCUCAACCGGAUGUAUCCACGGUCCGAACAUCGUCACGCUCGCCAUCAAUGUUACCAAGGAAGGUGUCCACACCAUUGUCAUCUCGCACGACGCCCGACUUGACCCGGAAAUCCUACAGCUCUGGCCAAUCAAUUGUGUCCAAUGCGAGCCUCAACCCCUCUCAAACUUCCGGGGUGUUAUUACAACCGCGAUUAUCACAACAGUUCUCAUCGUCGCGGCUGCCCACUCCCAAACCUAGAAAUGCUAAUAGCUCGGCUGGGAACAAUGGGGACGAGGUACCCCCAGUCCCAGCUAUCCCUAAGGCCUACGACUCUCCAAAAGAUGUGCUUACGGAAGCCCAAUUCUACAGCAAACGGAAGUCAAGCAUGCCGUUUGAUGCCAGCAGUAUCAAUAGCACCUCGACCAAUAGCUUAUCCGGGAGGGCAUCUGUUCGGGAGCCUAUCAAGAAUGACCGAGAGCCCAAACCCCGGAGACCUGGGCCAGGAGCCUCCUCGCCGGAUGCCGACCAGCACAAUACCACCCAGGUAAACAAUAACAAAAGGAGCUUAAAGCCGCUGAGACUACCCCCUUUAAAUCUGCUGCCGUUGAGCAUCCCUACCGCGGCCAAAGUUGCGGCUCUUCAGGAACCAUCAUUUUCUGACGGACAGGUCACCCCACCCCAUCGUGUGAACGCCAAGACGCCCAGUAGUCCCAUGACUGCCUCUAAAGCUUCGUUCUUCACGCGAAACCGUUCGGAAGAUAAGCCCGGGCAAGAUCUUGUCGAUAUGCGAAGUAGUAGUUCGACUCAUCGCCUACGUUCCGAGUCAUCCUCACAAAUGGGUGUUAGCAGCUCGGAGUGGGUAAAGCCUAUCCCAAUGAGCAACCGGCAAUCGAGACAUGCGGUUUCGCCCUUCGUUUCCUCAUCCCUGCCCAAGCACAAUGGAGGGCAUUCGCUCAUGACGAGGUCUAAGACGAGCGGUGACUUCACAAGCGCCGAGAAUACAACGGAGCCAAUACGGCCUGCGCGACUGACAGGACCAAGGGCUCAGAAGCUUUCAAGACCCCCUAAAACCGAUACUCCUUCUCAGGUGUCGAGCCCUGAAGAACCAACAACGCCGUCUGGAUCGUCUUUGCGGCGCAAGCUCAGCCUUGGUUGGAAGCGGAACACUUCCAAGAGCAAUAAUAGCAUCUCCUACGCAGCGAAUGAGAGAGGUUCCGAAUAUGUUCCUCCUCCCCCAAAGCAUGAUAACAUGCCCCCUCCUCGAAUACCUGCAUCCGCCACGAUGAAUAAUAUGAAUGUUUACACUGUGCCCAGUCCUAGCCCUUCAGUCAAAUCAACGACCUAUCUGGAUUCUAAAAGGCGGAAGAGCUCGGCAUCCAGCUUGAGCAUCUUUGGUGGCCAUGAUCGAACUAGAAGCGACAGUUGGGGCAUCAACGGCACUCCAAAAAAAGAGAAGCCCAAAGAGCCGAGGUCCGAAAAGACAGCACCUGCGGCACCGCGGACAGCUUCAUCCGUUAUGCACAAGAUGCUUAAUUCAAAGCCCUCAAGCAGCGCUCUCCGGUCUCUUGAUCACUGGACGGCUGACUUGGACAAGGAAGAUCUGAUUGCUGAGGAACAGAUGAAGAAACUUGCUACUAAGCGAAAGGAGACGGAGCAGGCCGCCAAAGUCCUUGACGCUUUGAGGAAGCGCGCCACGCCUAAGGAACGCGUUUCGGCUCACCAAGCUCUUCAAAUUGCAAAUCUGAACAUCUAUGAGCGAGGUGAGAUCGUCGAUUACAAGGAGGUGUAUUUCUGUGGAACCCAGAACGCCGCCAAACAUGUGGGUGAUCCCACAUCAGAAAAUGCCAACUUUGGAUAUGACGAUGAACGAGGUGAUUACACGAUUGUUCAGGGGGACCAUCUUUCUUACCGAUAUGAAAUAAUUGACGUCCUUGGCAAGGGAAGUUUUGGUCAGGUGGUACGAUGCAUUGAUCACAAAACAGGAGGACUAGUGGCUGUCAAGAUCAUUCGCAACAAGAAGAGGUUCCAUCAGCAGGCUUUAGUUGAAGUUAAUAUUCUACAGAAACUUCGCGAAUGGGACCCUUUAAACAAGCACAGCAUGGUAAAUUUUACACAGAGCUUCUACUUUCGCGGACAUCUUUGUAUCUCAACUGAACUUCUCGACAUGAAUCUUUAUGAGUUCAUUAAGUCCAACGCAUUCCGCGGCUUCUCUCUGGAGGUCGUUAGACGAUUUACGAAGCAGCUUCUUAACAGCCUCUUAUUGCUGAAGUCGCACAAGGUUAUCCAUUGUGAUCUCAAGCCGGAAAACAUACUCCUAGCCCACCCAAUGCAUUCAGAAAUUAAGGUUAUCGACUUCGGAUCUAGCUGUUUCGAGAAUGAGAGAGUCUAUACGUAUAUCCAGUCACGAUUUUAUCGAUCGCCAGAAGUUAUUCUUGGGAUGACAUAUGGUAUGCCGAUUGAUAUGUGGAGUCUUGGAUGUAUAUUGGCAGAAUUGUUUACUGGGGUUCCGAUUUUUCCUGGUGAGAAUGAGCAGGAACAACUUGCCUGUAUAAUGGAAGUUUUCGGACCUCCGGAGAAACAUCUGAUUGAGAAAAGCACACGCAGGAAGUUGUUCUUCGACUCCCUUGGAAAGCCGCGCCUUACAGUUUCGUCCAAAGGCCGUCGUCGUCGACCAUCCUCCAAGACUCUUGCUCAAGUUCUCAAGACUGAUGAGGAGCCAUUUCUCGAUUUCCUAUCCCGGUGUCUUAGGUGGGAUCCUGAUAGACGAAUAAAGCCAGAAGACGCUGUUAAACAUGAGUUUAUGACGGGUAGGAAGGCUACCGUGUCGAUUACACGUCCCACCGCACGAAAUGAUUCCCCCAUCAAGCGUCACCACACGGUUGCAACACCAUCGGGAAGCAACCGACCUCUCCCCGAACCGCCCACCACAAGCUUCAAGAACGGGGCCCCAGUCAGGGCACGCGAAACCACAGGCGCUAGCCCAAUCAAGAGUGCGAAUACUCAUACGCGAAGGAUAUCAAACGCGAAUGCCCUUAGCAGCUCAAUAGGCAGCAAGCGGACGAGUACCGGCGCUGUCAUCGCACCCGGCGGUAGCGGGCUUCCUCGAGUUACAAGAGCCGUUAGCGCAAAACAGGAUCUAGCUUCAGCUGGAGCAACAAUUGCCAUGGCCAGGCGCGUAUGA